UCCAGCUCGUUUUUCUUGGGGGGGUAGGUGGGGGGGGGGUCGCAUCUUGGUCCGUGUCCACGAAUCCCGCUUCCAUGCCCCAGGUGGGUCCAGCACCCCGCAACUUCCACGCCCAUGGCUUCUAGCCCGAGAAGGAGCUCUGCGUCCUCCACAUCUUCCACCGACACUGACGACGACGGAGUGCGCGGCACCUGCGAGGAUGCUUCUGUUUGCAAGAGGUUUGCAGUGAGCAUCGGCUACUGGCAGGACCCUUAUAUCCAGCACUUUGUGAGGCUGACUAAAGAGAGGAAGGCACCUGAAAUUAAUAGAGGCUAUUUUGCUCGAGUUCAUGGCGUCAAUCAACUUAUAAAGGCAUUUCUACGGAAGACAGAAUGCCAGUGUCAAAUUCUAAACCUUGGGGCUGGGAUGGACACCACGUUCUGGACAUUAAAGGACGAAGAUCUUUUGCCAAGCAAAUAUUUUGAAGUCGACUUCCCAAUGAUCGUCGCAAGAAAGCUGCACAGCAUCAAAUUCAAACCUCUUCUGUCAAAACCCAUUAUAGAUUUACAUUCAGAGGAGACGCUUCAAAUGGAUGGACACACGCUGGACUCGGCGAGAUACGCCGUUAUUGGAGCAGACCUCCGAGAUAUCCCGGAGCUGGAAAAGAAACUAAAGAAAUGUAACAUGAAUACACAAUUGCCGACACUCCUGAUCGCGGAAUGUGUACUGGUCUACAUGACCCCGGAGCAGUCUGCAAACCUCCUCAAAUGGGCCUCGAGCAGCUUUGACACUGCCAUGUUCAUAAACUAUGAGCAGGUGAACAUGAACGACCGGUUUGGGCAGAUCAUGAUUGAAAACCUGCGGAGGCGGCAGUGUGACCUGGCCGGUGUGGAGACCUGCAAGUCCUUGGAGUCACAGAAAGAACGGAUGCUGUCCAGUGGGUGGGAAACAGCAUCAGCUGUCAACAUGAUGGAAUUGUACAGCAGAUUACCACGAGCUGAAGUGAGCAGAAUAGAGUCGCUGGAAUUCCUGGAUGAGAUGGAGCUGCUGGAGCAGCUCAUGCAGCAUUACUGCCUAUGUUGGGCCACCAAGGGAGGGAGCGAACUAGGUUUGAAGGAGAUAACUUAUUAAUCAGUCCAAGGCUCGCACUGAGCCAGAAGCUGAAGCCACUAACCUUCCUGGAACCGACAGACUGAGUCUCCUGAGUGGUGGCUAACCCUUCCCUGCCCGUCUCAACAGCGCUCUGAGGACCUUGUUCGCUGGGCUUGCAGCCCCUGUUCCUGUUUCCCUGUUGUUGUUUGAAUAAAUCUUGGUUGCUGUUA